CGGGGGCAUCCCAGGUGAAGUGGAACAAGCGUAAUCAGUACCUUCUAGCCUCCAGUCAUGAUGGAGACGUUCGCAUUUGGGACAAGAGGAAACCCAACACAGCUGUGGAGUAUGUUGCAGCUCACCUGUCAAAGAUCCAUGGUCUGGACUGGCACCCUGACAACGAAUACAUCCUGGCAACGUCCAGUCAGGACAACUCAGUCAGGUUCUGGGACUACAGACAGCCAAGGAAGUAUCUGAACAUCCUGUCCUGUCAGGUUCCAGUGUGGAAGGCCAGAUAUACACCCUUCUCCAAUGGCCUGGUUACGGUGAUGGUUCCCCAGCUGAGACGGGAGAACAGCUUGUUGCUAUGGAGCACUCUGGACCUCAACAGCCCCGUUCACGCCUUCGUGGGACACGACGAUGUGGUGCUGGAGUUCCAGUGGCGUCCUGCAGACAGAGGUUCUAAGGACUACCAGCUGGUGACCUUGUCCAGAGACCAGACUCUGAGGAUAUGGAGGCUGGAUCCACAGCUACAGAAGCUGUGUGCCAAUGACUUGGUCGAGGAUCUGAUGGAGGGGAUGAGCCUAACUGCAGAGUCAGAGAAGAGCCUUCCCUCUCAGGACCCUGAACCCACCAUACACAGCUCUGGCCUGCCAGCUGAAGACCUGCAGGACCAGGAUGGUGCUCUGACCUCCAGUGGUAGAGAUGACCCGUCUGCUCUGCCCCAGACCCUGCAACAGGAGUUCUCUCUGGUCAACCUGCAGAUCAGGAACGUCAACGUGGAGAUGGAUGCGGUGAACCGUAGCUGUGUGGUGUCGGCCCUGUUCGGGACCAACCAGGUCCACCUGGUGGUGAAGUUCCCUUCUCACUACCCCAACAACGCUGCUCCGUCCUUCCAGUUCAUCUCCCCUACCACCAUCCCCAUCGCCAUGAGGACCAAGAUACAGAAGAUCCUGACCGACACGUCACUGCAGAAGGUCAAGAGGAAUCAGAAACUGCCUGGAACC